AUGGAAACUAUACGGUCUAAUACCACGGUCAAAGUAUAUAAAGCGAGUUUCCUAUGGGAACUGGAACGUUACAGUGUGCACGAUACGAAAGGAGAUCAUGUAAAAUCACCACUAUUCUCAUCAGAAGCUUGUGAUCAAUUCAAAUGGUAUAUGAAACUAUAUCCAAACUCCAAAAACAAUACCGCUGAAAACAUUACCGUAUUCUUGUUCUUGGAUGCCUCGAGCCAGUACAAAUCGGUAUUCGCUAGAUCGAAAUUACAUAUAAUGGACAAGGACCGUUACAAAGCGUACAGUAAAGUGAGUUCAGUCCACGAAUACACCGCUAAUCCGGUUCAUGGUCAUCAGCAUCCUCGCGGUUGGAUUGAAUUUAUCAAAAGGGAUCAGCUUUUAAAUGCGUAUUAUCUGCCUAAUGAUAAAUUAACGCUUUGCUGCGAAGUAUCAUUUUUCCAUGUAAGCGAUGAUCUGUUGGAAAAUAUGUGUGAUCAACACGAUACUUUUCUACUCCAAUCACAUACUUCCAAAUACGACUUAUCCAAAGAUUUUAGAUCAUUGUUGGAAAAUCAACAGUUCGCCGACAUAGUGGUCUCAAUAAAUGGUAAAAAUUAUCCAGUACAUAAAGCUAUUUUGGCUGCUCGUAGUCCUGUUUUUGCCGCCAUGUUCCAACAUGAUAUGCUUGAAAAUGAACACAAUCGCAUCGUUUUAAUGGACGUGGAAGAACGAAUCGUAGAAGAAAUGUUACGAUACAUUUACACCGGUUCGUGUGAAAAUAUAAAGAGCUUAGCCGAUGGUUUAUUGACCGUAGCUGAUAAAUACGAUUUAGAAGGAUUGAAGGUUAUUUGCCAAGACGCGUUGAUCGAGAACUUAUCAGUUGAAAAUGCUACUGAAAUACUAGUGUUGGCGGAUUUGCAUCGUGCCGAUGAACUAAAAUCAAAAGCAUUGAAUUAUAUUGUGUCAAAAUCCAGCAAAGUGAUGAAAUCUUCCGGUUGGAAACGUAUGGCCCCUUCGAAUCCCCAGUUAAUUAUGGAAGUAUCUGAAGCUUUAUCCAAAGCUCUCCAUCGAGAGAAAAAGAGCCAUUGCCAUUCUAGUAAACGGAUCAAAUUGACUACACGCGCUAGAGACCUCUCUGAUGAUAGUUCUAGAUUUAUUAGGUUUUAUACAGCUCCUGUUCCGGUUUCAAUUCGAAAUACGCCUGCAUCGCUUGAUAUUAACCCUAUUAACAUUAAUCGAUAG